UUCAAGUUAAGAAAGUUAUCAAGUCCCUGGGAACGCGGUCUUUAAGUACUGUCCAUCUCUUGUUUCUUCUUCCACCUCUUCAAAUUAAUCCUUUCAAUACACAUAUAUAUAACAAUGCAUUCUUCAUCUCACCAUGGCAACGGAAUAUACGGUCAUCCCGGAGCCAUGAACAUCUCUCCGGGGCUGCCUUACCCACCCUCCGGCCUCCACCAUCCCGGCACCGGCGGCCAGUGGUCGACCGGCCUUUGCCACUGCUUCGAUGACCCAGCAAACGCAUUCAUCACGUGCUUUUGUCCGUGCAUCACCUUCGGACAGAUUGCCGAGAUUGUGAACCAAGGCUCAAGAUCUUGCGCUGCAAGAGGAGGAAUAUAUGCACUGCUGAUGCUGAUAGGAUUGCCAUGCUUGUACUCGUGUUUCUACAGAUCAAGAUUAAGAGGGCAAUAUGAUUUGGAGGAAGAACCAUGUGUGGAUUGCUUGGUUCACUUCUGCUGCGAGACUUGUGCUCUUUGUCAAGAACAUAGAGAGCUCAAAAAUCGUGGAUUUGAUAUGAGCAUAGGUUGGCAAGCUAACAUGGAGAGACAGAGGCGAGGAGUUACAGUAGCUCCUGUUAUUGGAGCCAUGGUUCGAUGAAAAGCUCAAUUGCAACCUGCAUUUCAGCUUUCUUUUCAUGAACUCUUGUCAUAAUCCACCAUGUGGGUAUUUAUGUUAGUAUUUGUUUAUGGGAAUUUUGUGCCAUGAACGAUUAUGUAUUAGUAAGUAAUUUUUUUUCUUAUUCUAUAUGAUAUUAUGCUCCAUUAACAAGGCCGU